CUCUCUCUCUCUCUCCUCCACUCGUCCUCUUGACUACAUCUCCUGCUGGAUGAUUUCAUUUUGUAAAGUCAUUAUCCCAGAAAGGUCAAAGCCUCUGCUUCGAGGAACGCCGAAUUACACUAGGAUAACUGGGAUUUCACCCCCAGCGCACCCCGGCUGCUCUCUCAAAGUUUCUCACUGGUGUAGAACCGUGCGACGGAUUUGUCCGGAGCAGCCUUCCUGACCGAACACUUUCACCUCUUUUCGGAUCCCUGAGUGUGUACGGGUGCUCUUGGAGUGUUGUUUUUUUCUUCUUCGCGGAGCUACCAUCGAACCUUGACAAACUGUGAAAUGAGUUUCUCUACAAUUUCGGCAGUUGAGAAUCACCGAGAUUCAGCAAGAGAAUGGAAAAUACUGAGUUAAACUUUAUCUGCAGUUCCAAACCGCGGUGUUCGGGGGGCAUUCAGGUGAUGCAGGUCCCCCGGUCAGCCCAGUGGAGGAGCCAGCUAAUGACUAGUGGCUUUGGCCGCUGAACGCCCCCCCACCAACACCACCCGCAUCCCUCCUUCGCUCCCUCCAUCUCUGAUGGCUCUAUGGGGCGUCGUCAGCCUCAGCCUUCACUGCUGGGUGUGUUUACGGUCCACAGUAACUGCAGCAGCAGCAGCAACAUCCAGCCUCCCCAAUGAAAAGCCUGGAGGCCCCCUGGACUGGCUCCUGUCUGAUAAGGGGCCUUUCCACCACUCCCCAGAGUACAUUGACUUUGUGGAGAAGAACCGGCAAGGCUUCUCCACCAGAUACAAGAUAUAUAGGGAGUUUGGGAGAUGGAAGGUGAACAACUUGGCUGUGGAAAGGAGAGAUUUCUUGGAGUCUCCGUUACCUCUGACACCUGAGUUCAUCAGGAACAUCCGUCUCCUGGGCCGCAGGCCCACCACCCAGAUGAUCACUGACAACCUGAUCAGGAAGUAUGGGACUCACUUCCUGUUGUCAGCUACACUGGGAGGAGAAGAGGCCUUAACGAUAUUUGUGGACAAGAGAAAACUGAGUAAGAAAGCAGAGGUGAGCGAUUACUCGGGUAACUCCUCCGCUGUGACUCUGGAAGCUCUGCACCAGCUGGCUGCCUCCUAUUUCAUCGACAGGGAGAGCACCCUGCGUAAGCUGCACCACAUCCAGAUCGCCUCCACUGCCAUCAAGGUGACAGAGACCCGCACAGGUCCUCUUGGAUGCAGUAACUAUGACAACCUUGACUCUGUUAGCUCUGUGCUGGUUCAGAGCCCUGAAAAUAAAGUCCAGCUACAAGGCUUGCAAGUGAUCCUUCCAGACUACCUGAGAGAAAGUUUUGUGCAGGCUGCUCUUAGCUACAUAGCCUGCAAUGGAGAGGGCGAAUUUGUCUGCAAGGACAAUGACUGCUGGUGCAACUGUGACCCCAAGUUCCCAGAGUGCAAUUGCCCCUAUAUGGAUAUCCAAGCCAUGGAGGAGAGCCUGGAGAGGAUCACAGAGACAUGGGGGAUGCUCUAUAAAGAAUUUGAGGAAUCAGAUGAGUUCAAGGCAUUCUAUGCGAGGCUGCCCCAGAACUAUUUCCUUAACGUGUCAACCAUCCAACACUUGUGGUCCCUGGAUAGCUUGUUCCAGUGGCGAUAUGAGCAGCUCGAGAACAGCAUGCGGGUCCUCUCCAGACGAGCCCAGAGGGUCAUCUUCAAGCUCUUCAGUCUCAGUAAAAGAUGUCACCGACAGCCCCAAGUCCGCCUACCAAGAGAACAGCCUCAGUCCUACUGGCUCAGUCAUUUCCAGUCUCUCCUGUACUGCUCAGAGAAUAACCAGCUUGGUGCAUUCUCUGAGGAGCUUCACAGCUGCAGCUGCCGAUAUGAACACAGCCCCUGUCAGCUGCCUCCACCCUGCGCUGUUGGAGAAGGCUCGGCCUGCGCAGCAUGCGCACCAGACAACCACACCCGCUGUGGGAGCUGCAACCCGGGCUUCGCCCUGAUGCAGGGGGUCUGCAGGCCCAUGGUGGCAGACUCUACAGAGAACUACCUGGGAUUUGAGACGGACCUCCAAGAUUUGGAGCUAGGCUACCUACUGCAGAGAGCUGACCGCAGGCUAGAGGUCCAUGCCAUCUUCAUCAGCAAUGACAUGCGACUCAACAGCUGGUUUGACCCAUCAUGGAGAAAGAGGAUGUUACUGACACUGAAGAGCAACAAGUACAAGUCCAACAUGGUCCACAUGCUGCUAGGAAUAUCCCUCCAGAUCUGCCUUACAAAGAACAGCACCCUGGAGCCUGUCCUCACUCUCUACAUUAAUCCCUUUGGAGGGAGCCAUUCAGAGAGCUGGUACAUCCCUGUCAAUGAGAACAGUUUUCCAGACUGGCAGGCCACCAAGCUGGACCUACCCUUUGAGUGCUAUAACUGGACCCUGACACUGGGCAACAAGUGGAAGACGUUCUUUGAAACCAUUCAUAUCUACCUUCGGAGCAGGAUAAAGACUCAAGAUGGAGUGAAUGACAGUGUUUAUUACGAGCCUUUGGAGAUGACAGAUCCUGCUCGGAACCUGGGCUACAUGAAGAUCAACAGCAUCCAGGUCUUUGGCUACAGCAUGCACUUUGACCCGGAAGCGAUCCGUGACUUGAUUCUGCAGCUGGACUACCCAUAUACCCAAGGUUCCCAGGACACAGCCAUGCUUCAGCUCCUGGAGAUACGAGACAGGGUGAACCGGCUGUCCCCUCCAGGUCAACAGAGGUUGGAUCUGUUUGCCUGUCUUCUCCGGCACCGACUCAAACUGACUGCCAGUGAGGUGGUUCGCAUUCAUGCCUCCUUACAGGCCUUCAGCUCACGUCUGCCCAAUUCAAUGGAUUACGAGACCACCAAACUGUGCAGUUAACAGCUGCUUGAAGGGAGAUCUGGACUGUAAAUGGCCUCGAAGAGAAUUCCUGGACAAAAGAAUUGUGCCCGUUGUGGCUUAAAGUCGUGCUCUGUCUCUAUGGAUUACCAAACUGUUUGGUUAAUCAGGAGAGGACCAGCUGUGGACAGCUGAAGAAUGUACUCAUCUGGUUGUUAUGGUUUUUGUUUUGUGGCGACUAACUUCAGUGCUAUAUUAUAAAAAAAAAAUGAGGUGGAUCAGAAAGAAAAUGCACAACUGUUUCUCAAGAACAAACUCUUUAACAAAAGAAUUCUACAGUAGAAAUCCAGAUACCACUACAUAAAGUUGAACCAUCCUGUUUCAAUAUGAUUCUGCUCAUUUAUACUGUAAGUACCAAUGCCAAAUCAAUGGACAUUUUAUGGUAAAAAUGGUACAGUCUGUUUGUUUGUAAUUUUUAUAUGUUCCUUUGCUUCAGUGACAGUGCACUUUCCAUGAAGACAGAAUACAGUGGUGUCAGUAAAGAUUUUGUAGAUAAAUUGAUAUUAAAAACAUCAUGUUAUAACAGA